CGGCUGAGAGGUACAUAUUAUGGCAUCUUUGAUUAUUCCUUCGUGGCCGAGUUCAUCUCAGCUUCGACUUGGGUUGAGAUGCAGGAAUUCUUCCUUCACAUUAUCCCGGACGCGUUUGUGUACGAAUUCAGACCGUAGAUUUCGUUUCUUGGCUACCACUGGUAAUGCGGCGGAGCGUGAUGGAACUGACCGGAAUCCUACUGGAAAUUCUGGAACGAAUUCAGACAAAUCAAAUUAUAAUUUCUCUGGCUGGUUUGGUGCGGAAUCCGGUGGCUCGCAGCGGAAGGGAGGUUUCGGAGGAAUUAUUGGAGCAGGCAUAGCUGGAGUUGUUCUUGCUGCUGGACUUACCUUUGCAUCCAUAUCUCUAAGCAACCGGAGCUCUUCUGAACUGAAACCAGAGAUGAAGCCUCUUACUGUGCAGCAGGAAGUAUCGUUAGCCUCUGGUGACUGGGAUGAUGGAGUUGACAUGGUCAGAAAUAAGGACGACACUGUUAUGUCUGAUGAGGGAAGCUUACACAGUGAUUAUAGUCCUGUAAGUAAGACACUUGUAAUCAUGGAUUCUUCAUCAUCUCCAGAAAUUACUGAAGCUACUUAUGAAAGCACUACUGAUGAUAACAUUAAUGUGGGGAGUUCAUUAAUGGAAAAUGUUGAAUUGGCCUCCAGAGGUAUUGAUGCCAGCACAAAUGCUUCCAAUCAAGAUCAUUUGCAAUUUAGACCAGCUGUUGAGGAAAUAGCAAUACCUUCCACCUCUAAUAUGAGCUCAUCUAGAAUGCCUGAAUACAUUGUAGUUGAUGGGUCUUCUAAUGUUUCCAACUUUAAAGAGUCAGGGGGUGACCCAGCUGCUUCUCUGCCAGACUUCGCUAUGGAACUCAAUGAUGUUAACCUCGUUAACCCAUGUGUUUCAGACGCUGAUUCAAGAAAUCUUAAUUCCUACUAUCAGGAGGGAAUUACUGUAUUAAGGGAAAUCGAAAAUCCCAAGCUUCCUCUGGAUUUUUCUGGUUCUGAUCAACAUAUUCCUGAUUCACCUUUAACUUUGGAUAAGUCAGUUGGUCCAGAGUUGGAUUUGCUUUCAGAUUCACAGGUUGAGUCCAAAGAUGUAAUGGAGAACGUGGCCCCUCUUUCGACCAAAGAAGACCUCAACCUCAACAAAACGCUGCAGGUCCCAAAUGGGGGCAUUACUUCAACUCUAGAAGGGAAUGAUCUAGGUGAUGCUGGGCCAUCUGGAAAAACCUCUCUGUCAAUGUUAGCAAGUCCAAAAUCAAAUGAACCCAGUACAGAUGAUUAUACUGAGAUUGAUGCAAUCAAAGAGUCAUUUGGGUCACCCAUACCUAAGUGCUUCUCCUCCUCUGCUGGUAUACCUGCUCCAUCUUUAGUUUCCGCAGCUCUACAGGUUCCGCCUGGCAAGGUUUUGGUUCCUGCGGUUGUUGAUCAAGUUCAGGGGCAGGCAUGUGCAGCAUUGCAGGUGUUGAAGAUUAUUGAGGUUGGUGUUCAACCUGGUGAUCUAUGCACUCGCCGUGAGUAUGCUCGUUGGUUGGUUUCUGCUAGCAGUGCUCUAACGAGGAACACAGUUUCAAAAGUAUAUCCUGCAAUGUACAUAGAGAAUUUUACUGCUCUUGCAUUUGAUGAUAUCACACCUGAAGAUCCUGAUUUUCCAUCCAUUCAAGGCUUGGCUGAAGCUGGAGUUAUCUCAAGUAAGCUUUCAAGAUGUGAUGUACUUUCUUCUAUAGAUGAAGAGCCCAAACCCUUCUUAUUCUCUCCAGAAAGUCCCUUGUCUCGUCAGGAUCUUGUAAGCUGGAAGAUGGCCCUAGACAAAAGACAGCUACAAGAAGUUGACAGACAGAUCCUGUAUCAACGAUCUGGCUUUAUAGAUAUUGAAAAGAUAAACCCAGAUGCAUGGCCUGCUGUUUUAGCUGACCUAUCUGCUGGGGAACAGGGAAUCAUAGCACUAGCUUUUGGUUACACAAGACUCUUUCAGCCGGAUAAGCCAGUCACGAAAGCUCAAGCUGCUAUUUCUCUCGCCACCGGUGAGGUUGCUGACAUUUUCAGUGUGGAGCUUACACGUAUCAAAGCAGAGUCUAUGGCUGAAAUUGCUGUUGCAGCACGUCGUGCUUUAGUCACACAAGUGAAAAAAGAUGUCAAUGCAACUUUCGAAAAGGAGCUCGCCAAGGAAAGGGAAAAGAUUGAUGCUGUUGGGAAAUUGGCUGAGGAGGCAAGGCUGGAGCUGGAAAGGUCAAGAGCUGAAAGAGAGGAAGAAAAUAAUGCUAUGUUGAGGGGAAGGGCUGCUGUUGAGUCAGAAAUGGAAGUUCUCUCACAAUUAAGGCGUGAGAUGGAGGAGCAGUUGCAGAUCUUUAUGAGCAACAAGAUGGAGAUAUCAUUCGAAAGAAAAAGGAUCGACAAUCUUAGGAAAGAAGCUGAGAGUGAUAAACAAGCCAUUGCCCAUUUACAAUAUGAACUGGAGGUUGAGAAGAAAGCAUUGUCCAUGGCCAGGGCUUGGGCAGAAGACGAAGCAAAAAGAGCAAGGGAGCAAGCAAAAGCUUUAGAGGAAGCUAGAGAAUGUUGGGAGAGGCAUGGCAUUAAAGUUGUUGUUGACAGUGACCUUAAAGAUGAAGCUAAUGCUGCUGUUACUUGGCUCGAGGCAGGAAAGCAAUCUGCGGUUGAAUCUGUGGACCGGGCUGAGAAAUUGGUGAACAAUCUCAAGGCCAUGGCAAAUGAAAUCAAAGGAAAUGCCAAAGUGGUUAUCGAGAAGAUAAUUGAGAAGAUAACCUCCUUGAUUACCAUUUUAAAGGAGUGGGUCAGUGAAGCUACAAGAUGGACUGGAGAGAUUCAAGGGAUUGGUGUUUUAAAGCUGAGUGAAUAUAUGCAAAGGUUGCAGCAAAACACAGUUGCCCUUCAGGAUGGAGCAAAAAGGAUCGCAGGAGAUUGCAGGGAAGGUGUAGAGAAACUUGCACAGAAAUAG